AAAGUAGUUCAUCUGUUCAUCACCCGCACUUCGACAUCUCCGCCCAACUCAACGGACUUCUCAAAGCUCCCUCGCAAUAAACUCCCUCAACCCUCUCUCGCGAUCUUAAACACUCUCUCCGCUCUCAUUUCUCAAUCACCUUUCAAUCUCCUCCCAACCAAAAUGCAGAACUCCAUUUCUCUCCCUCUCUCUCAAUCAUCCGCUACAGCGGCCACUACCGUCACCGGCAGCGCCAGAUCGAGUUACGUACUUCCUUUUGGUCAUUCGAAGUCAGUUAAUCUUAAAUUCUGCGGACUAAGAAGGGAGGCGUUGGGGUUCUCUUCACUGAGUAGUUCUUGUACUCUACGAGUACAACACCACCUCCCGAGUCGGAAGCACUACAAGAGCGUUGCUGCUUCUGCUGCAAAGAAUGGCUCUCCUCCUAAAUCUUUUGAUUAUGAUCUGAUUAUAAUAGGUGCUGGCGUUGGUGGCCAUGGAGCUGCUCUGCACGCGGUCGAGAAGGGUCUAAAAACUGCAAUCAUUGAGGGAGAUGUGGUGGGAGGAACUUGUGUAAACAGAGGCUGUGUUCCUUCCAAAGCUCUUCUGGCUGUAAGUGGUCGCAUGAGAGAACUUCAAAGCGAGCAUCACAUGAAGGCUUUGGGUCUGCAGGUUUCAGCUGCUGGCUAUGAUAGACAAGGAGUUGCUGAUCAUGCAAAUAAUCUUGCUCUGAAAAUCCGCAACAACUUGACAAAUUCAAUGAAGGCUCUUGGUGUGGACAUAUUAACAGGUGUCGGCACUAUUUUGGGUCCCCAAAAGGUCAAAUAUGGUAAAGCUGGUUCUCCAGACAACAUAGUAACUGCAAAAGAUAUUAUCAUAGCAACUGGUUCUGUUCCUUUUGUCCCCAAGGGCAUUGAAGUUGAUGGGAAGACUGUCAUUACUAGUGACCAUGCACUCAAAUUGGAGCAUGUUCCUGACUGGAUUGCAAUUGUAGGAAGUGGUUAUAUUGGUCUAGAGUUCAGUGAUGUAUAUACUGCUCUUGGAAGUGAGGUUACAUUUAUUGAAGCUUUAGAUCAGCUCAUGCCUGGAUUUGAUCCUGAGAUUGGGAAAUUGGCUCAGAGGGUUCUCAUAAAUACGAGAAAAAUUGAUUAUCAUACUGGAGUGUUUGCAACCAAGAUAACUCCAGCAAAGGAUGGAAAACCAGUCAGUAUUGAGCUUAUUGAUGCCAAGACAAAAGAACCCAAAGAUACUUUGGAGGUUGAUGCAGCAUUAAUUGCAACCGGAAGGGCUCCAUUCACGAAUGGUCUUGGCUUGGAGAAUAUCAAUGUGGUAACACAACGUGGUUUCAUUCCAGUUGAUGAGCGCAUGAGUGUAAUUGAUGCAAACGGCAACCUGGUUCCUCACUUAUAUUGCAUUGGUGAUGCGAACGGAAAAAUGAUGCUUGCUCAUGCAGCCAGUGCACAAGGAAUUUCAGUUGUUGAACAAGUCACUGGAAGAGAUCAUGUGCUUAAUCAUUUGAGCAUCCCUGCUGCUUGCUUCACUCAUCCUGAAAUCAGUAUGGUUGGUUUGACAGAGCCCCAAGCAAGAGAGAAAGCUGAAUGUGAGGGAUUUGAAAUAAGCAUUGCCAAAACAAGUUUUAGGGCCAACACUAAGGCCCUUGCAGAAAAUGAAGGGGAAGGACUUGCUAAGUUGAUAUACAGACCUGACAAUGGAGAGAUACUUGGAGUUCAUAUAUUUGGGUUGCACGCUGCAGACCUGAUUCAUGAAGCAUCAAAUGCAAUAGCAUUGGGGACACGUAUCCAGGAUUUAAAACUUGCAGUUCAUGCGCAUCCCACUCUCUCCGAAGUUCUUGAUGAACUCUUCAAAUCAGCAAAGGUCCAUUCUCAUGAAUCUAGCCCAGUAAGUGAACCAGUUGCAGUCUAAGCUCCUCAACACUCAGAAAAAAAACAUAUUAAGAUUUUUGAAGAGAUUUGUUUGUAUUAGGGAGUUUCAAGGAACCAAGCAUCUUCAGGCAAGAGAAGUAAACAAAAUUCAACAAGAAACGUAUUGAAGAAAUUCACCAAUGGCGUGAUAAAUUUUCAACCUGAAGUUUCAUGGGCCUCCUCCGUUAUCUUUAUGAUUAAACAAAUACUGUUGCUCGUUCUUAGUUUUAUGUUGAGCCUUGUUUAUUCUCCUAAAUUUUGAAUCCAAUAGAAUAAAUUAAGAGGCUUGUUCACAUUUUCCUCU